CUUUGUGUUAUUUGGUGAUAGAUAAAGUUGAAUAAUAUAAGUAGUAUCGCAUAAUCAACCAAAAAAAAGAAGAAUGCGGAAUUUUCAUAGAAGUGACAGUUUUUUUGUUUAUUUUGACAAACAUUAUGAAUGAUUAAUCAUUUUUAAUUAUUAUUUAAAUUUCAUCUGGUUAUCAUCAUAAUUUGAUAAAGACAUUCUCAUAAAUGGAAUUAUGUUAACAUCGAAUUGUACUCAUGGGAACAUUUUAUCAAUUUUAUUAUUUAUAGUAUUGAUGAUAAAGUUAUAUGGAAUUAUUUCAAUUGACGCUGAAGUUCAAAUCCAACAACACGUUUAUAUAUCAAAUAAUAUCAAUCAUAGUUAUAUUGGAAAUUUUUCCCACCCAUAUGUAUACAAUUUAACACACAAUAAUACAUCAUUUCUUUUCGAGGAUAAGGCAUCACAACUGCCUGUGGAACGAUGGCAUUUCCACUUAGAAACACUAAUCACUCUAUUCCUUGCUUUGUUUUCUUUUGGUGCCAAUGCUGGCUUAUUGUAUUUGGAUAGACGGGCUAAACCGUAUGGGACAAUGAAUAAUUCUAGUUUCUCAAAUAAUUUCGUGACAAAUACCAAUAAUAAUAACAAUAACAUCAGUACUAAUAAUUUAAGUAAUAAUAAUAAUUUUCCAUGCUCAGCGGUUGGUUUCACCUCGAAAAAAUGGUAUAACAAUAAUAAUCAUAAACGUAAUUCAUCUCGUGGACUAAAUCUUUUCAUAUUUCACCAAGCCUCAAAUGCACCAACACCUCAAGAAACUCUACGAUCUUAUUCUUUAUCAAGUCCAAUCAAUAAAUAUCCUUCAUCGAUUAGUUUGAUCAAAUUGAAUCAAACCAGUUUUAACUCAACUGGUAUAUUUCAUCAUGGUUCAACACAAUAUCAUACACCACGUAGUCGAAGGCAACGUCGAUAUCUUCGUGGAUUACUUGGUUUGUCAAUCAGUAAUCUUAGCUUAUCACUUAGUUUAAUAAGUUGGUGUUCUUGUCAAAUUAUUAUGCAUAAUAUUAGUAAUACAAGAAAUACAGCAAAAGCAUGGCUAACAAUUAUUGCAUUUAUUAAUUUGUGGACAAUUGAUAUUGCACAAUCAUUAGAAACUGGUGCCAUAUUAUGGAUUGCACUUGAACGAACAUUAGGGAUACACUGGCCAAGUGAAACAAACGGUAUGAAUAGUAAUAACACUAAUAAUAAUAAUACAAAUACGACUACAAAUCAGUGUUUACCAAGAUUUAGUGAAAAAUAUGCUAGAAACGAUAUUAAAUGGCGUAGAAGACAAUUAACUGUUCGAUUGAAAACACCAUUGACUAGAUUGUUGAAAAGGAUAAAGGAUAGUUUGAAUCAAGCGGUUUUAAAUCUACUCUGUUUAAAUCGUUGUCUUUCAUCGAAUUACUUUUCUUGUUGUACAUCUCUACUGACAAGCUCAUCUGCAUUAAUAGCUAAAAAACGAAGUAAAAAGAGGCUUUCGUGUUUUAUACAUAUAUUUUUAUGCUUCCUACCAUUAGUGCUAUUUCUUAUAGCUUCAGUGUAUAGUUUAAGUAAUAUUAUUUGUCAUACUAAGAAGCUUAGAUUACAUAAUCAUGCAUUUAUUGCUUUAUCUUCGUCUAAUUCUCCAACGGAUCAACAUAAUAAUAAUAAUCAUAAUAAUCCUGUAAAUUUUAUCUCUGAUUUUCAAACUACUUAUAAUGGCAGCAGUGUGAGUAUUAUAUACCAGAAUGAUGAAAAUACUACUACUAAUACUAAUUAUAAUAAUAACAAUUUAACACAGCAUUUCAAUCCACUUGUUAUCUAUGAUUAUUUCUAUACUUCUUAUUAUAAUAGUGUAUUAUGGAAACAGAUACCAUAUUAUUCUAUGCAUAUAAAACAUCAAAUCCAUGCGUACUAUACAAGUUCUAUUAUAUCCGCGUUGGUGAUUGGUCAGUUUUUGGCUCCAUUGGCAAUAUUGGUGACAACAAAUUUAUUGAUUUAUCAGAAAGUGGCGUCAAGAGAUAAACAUUUCUUCUCAAGACAAUCAAGUAACACGAGUAAAUCAUCCUUUAUUUCGGGUGUGUCUGUAUCCUCAAUGAAUUCCGCGAAUUCUACCCGAAAACUAACAACGGCUACAAUCAAUUUUCCAAUACCAAUGUUACGUGUAUUAGAAAGUAGUAAUCAAGACAUUCAUACAGAUGUUGUUGAAGAGAACCCCUCAGCAGCUGUUGAAUACUACAAUAGUCCUACAAAAACAUCCGAACAGACUUCACAACAACAGCAACCGAAUAAACAGCAUAGUCUUUUAGUUCCACUACUUGAUAUCCGUGAGAAAAAUUAUCCCUUCACGCCAUCGAAUCCAUCAGAAAUGAUAAUGCGAAAGAAUGAGGCAUUAUUCUGUGCAAAUGAUGACAGGAAGUACUUGUUAAACGAGCGUAGAAAGAGUACUUCAGUCAUUCAACCGGCAAUAUCUUACACAGAGUUAUAUGAUAAUCCUUGUGAAAAAUCAAUAUCGCCUAAAUCACCGGCAGCAGCGAUGGCAGAGUCGGCAGGAGAGACAACGGCAUCAUCAGAAUAUCGAUACAGUGAAUCCAGUAUAAAGUUGUCCACUUUAUACGCUCUACAAAAACGUCGUAAAAGUACAAAUGAUUUAUUUAGCUCCCUGUUUCAAUCCUCACGUGGACAAGAUCAAAAUACCCGUACAGGUGGAGAGGAACCUAUCCUUCUGCAAAUGUUAAGACGACAGCAUAGAAGAACACUACGUAUAUUAAUUAUUCUACUGUUGGUAUUUGUUCUGUGUCGUGCACCAAGAUCUAUUGUAUUGAUGAUUGAAUGGUUAAGGCAUACAUGUUUGGCAAAUAGUGGAACACAUUUAAGCAUAUGGUUACAAUACACAAGUAUAUUCGCUUAUUCCAGUGCUAUAUUGGAUACAAUUGUCUAUGGAUUUUGGGGGAAUCGUGCCUACAGAAUACGCAUGAAGAAUUUAUAUGCUCGUCGUGCCUUUUGCAGUUGCGUUGGCUGUGAAUAGCACAUUACAUAUAUACAUAUACAUAUAUAUAUUUCAUGGCAUCUAAUAAUGACUUAAUUUUAAUGUAUUAACGAAAUUUUAUUCUCGUUUGAAAUACCAAUCAGCACAAACUACCCCCUCGAUGUCUUAUUUCUUGAUUGAGGGGGUAAACUCAACAUUUAUCUAUCAUAUAUUUCCUGAAAAUGGAUAUGAUCGGUGAAUAUAUAUGGAGUAUGUAAGGCAACAAAAAUAUCCAUUGAGAUCUUAAAGACAUGACUUAUACUCGAGACUGUCAAUAUCUAAUCAUGAAUGCUUCCCGUUGUUUUUCAAGGAAUCUUUAGUACUCAUUAAAUAAUAACAAUGUAUUUUUGACUGAUAUUUUUGGUCAUUCAUUUCUAAUUCAUCAUUGUAUCACACUUAUCACCGGUACUGUCUUGGUUAAAAGUAUCUUGUGUAUGUUUGAUUUGAAAAAGUUGUGCAUUUCUUUGAAUUUGUACACCUACUUACCUAACUACAUAACUUAUCUACCUACCUAUCUAUCUACCUAUCUGCCUACCUUACAAUAAUGCGCAAGUUCAUCUUUAUUUUUCUGUGACACCACGUUUAUGAUAUAUAUUUCUUUCAAUAAAGACAAAGACACGUGAAUGAUGCAAUAGUAAUAGUGUUUUCUGGAAAUAAUUAACUUAAUUCUUCCGCAUAAUUUUUCAGUUUUCUGUUGUCCUUUUUUCUUUGUUUGUUUGUUUGUCUGUUCUCUCCCGCUGGCCAUCGGUCAUAGUGACCGAGGAACAUCGUGUGUUUUAUUUUGCUUGAUGUAUCUCAUCUUUUUACAAAUUACUACUUCUAUUAUUAUUAUUAUUAUCGUUGUUAUAAAGAAAAAACAUUAUGGAACGAAAUAGAAAAGAAUUCAUAUUAUUAUUAUUAUAAUUAUUAUUAGUAUUAAUUUUAAUGAAAUAAAUAAAUAAUUUAAAUUCC